UCGCUCGCCGCGCUCCUCACAAAGUUUGUUUUCUCCCUCCGGGCGGGUGGGGGAGGGCGAGGAGAGCGCGGAGGGGAGGAGAGGGGAUCUGACGUCAGGCCGCGAGGUGCUUUCCAGCCGCGAGCUGUCAGGCCGAGUGUCAGGCCCGGCAGGUACGCGGCGCGCUCCCCCGGCGCCUCCCGCCCCCUGCCGGGACGCCCGGGACCGACCCCUAGGCCGCGUGGACGGAAAAGCUGCUGGGAAAAGUCAGUGCGGCUUGCCUGAGGUACAGCGUAGCCCCUAGACACCAUGUCAGACAGUGACCUGGGUGAGGAUGAAGGCCUCCUCUCCCUGGCAGGCAAGAGGAAGCGCAGAGGGAACCUGCCCAAGGAGUCGGUGAAGAUCCUGCGGGACUGGCUGUACCUGCACCGCUACAACGCCUACCCCUCAGAGCAGGAGAAGCUGAGCCUUUCUGGACAGACCAACCUGUCGGUGCUGCAGAUUUGUAACUGGUUCAUCAACGCCCGGCGGCGGCUUCUCCCAGACAUGCUUCGGAAGGACGGCAAAGACCCCAACCAGUACACCAUUUCCCGCCGUGGGGGCAAGGCCUCCGAUGUGGCCCUCCCCCGAGGCGGCAGCCCCUCAGUGCUGGCUGUGUCUGUGCCGGCCCCCACCAAUGUGCUCUCCUUGUCCGUGUGCUCCAUGCCGCUCCACUCAGGCCAGGGAGACAAGCCGGCAGCCACCUUCCCCCAAGGCGAGCUGGAGCCCCCCAAGCCCCUGGUGACCCCUGGUAGCACACUCACCCUGCUGACCAGGGCUGAAGCUGGAAGCCCCACGGGUGGACUCUUCAACACACCACCGCCCACACCGCCGGAGCAGGACAAGGAGGACUUCAGCAGCUUCCAGCUGCUGGUGGAGGUGGCGCUCCAGAGGGCAGCUGAGAUGGAGCUCCAGAAGCAGCAGGACCCGUCACCCCCAUUGCUGCGCACUCCCAUUUCUUUCGUCUCUGAAAACCCCAAGUAGGCAUCUGCCAACAGGGGUGCUCGAGGCUCGAGCCAGCUGUCCUGGGUUUCCGUUUUGGUUCCCCUUCCUACAGAGGGUUUUCUUUGGAUCACUGCCAAACAUCGGGAUCAUCUCCUCUGUCCAGAGGUCUUCAGCAGGAAGACGCCCGCUGGUGUCACUGCACUGUGAUGGGACCUCUCCUCUGCUGACUCUGCCGUUUCUCCAGGCCUCCUCAGUGAUGAGACCAAGAGACUGGAGACAGGCAUGGUGCUGCUGCUGCAGAGAAUCCCCGGGGCCCCUUUGUUCCCACCUGCUUUCCUGGGCUGGGCACAGGAAACCUGCCAAGUUCACUCACACCUGUGCUGGGUCCCAGUUGCCCCUGACAGGGCCUCUUUUUGUUAAGUGUGGACAUUCCAGGUUCGUAAGUGUGAACAGAAGAAAAGAGGAGCCCAGCAGAUGUAACAGAACCGACUCCGGUUGAAUGUUUAGGUUUUUGCUAAACUUUGUGUUUAUUUUUCCCUCUUUGCUGUGGUUUGCAUUAACAGUAGUUAGCCCAGGUGUGGGGAAUGAGAGUGCAUUGCUUGAUGGAGUCUGAUGAACUGAGAAUAAUCCACCACUGCAACUGGUGAUUGUUUUACAAGGAAGGAGUAUUUUCAUUUGGGGGACCAGCUAAAUCUCUGCAAAAUUCCAAAUGGUUGUUUUAUUGUUGGUUUGGUUUACCAAAAAAAAAAAAAAAAGGCAGAAAAAACUUUUAUGGGCUUUGGCUUUUCUGCAUCAUGCACAGAAGGGAGAAGGGGAUAAAGCCACAGCCAGAGAGAGGGUCCAACAGUAAUCUGACCAAACCUUCUAGGUGCAGAGCAGAGAAGGAUGAUAGAGGUGUUUUUCUGGUUGGUUGGUGGUUGUUUUUACUGUAUUGUGGGGGAGGGGAGGGGGAGGUAAGCUAGGCUGAGCAGUGGGGUGGUGUUUUUUUCUCUUUCAUGUUUUCCCCUUCUUUAUCUUUGAAAGCUUCACCCCGCAGCCUGAGUUCUGAAUUCCUUCUAGGAACUUGGCUUAGUGGGGCCAGAAUGUCAGAAGUUCCCUGUUGCUCCUACUUGGAGAGAAGUGAGCCAUCUAGUGGUCAGGAAGGCCUUUUAGCUGAUCCAGACGGGCAGCUUUUCCCAUGAUGGUGACCGGAAACUGUGCCUGGAGGAAACAUGGAAUAGUGCCCCCAGCUGCCUGUGGAACUGCCCCGGGAGGAGGCUGGGGCUGGGAAUCGGUCACGAAGCCUGUUCGCUGUGAGUGUCUCUCUGUUGCACCUCUCUUUAAAUUGGAGUUGCAGAAGCCCCUGCCCUGAACUUCACAGUGAAACGGAUCACACAGUUAGUCUUAUUCUCCUCCCGCCCCGCUUUUUUUUUUUCCGCUGUUUCAUUGCUGAUAGCAUUCAACAGCAAUAUACCCCACCUUUCUAGUAUAUCCUAAGAAACACUAAUCCUAGGUUAUUAGCUGAAAUAUUUUUGUUCUGAAUAACAUUGUUACUGGGCCAAAAGACAGGUCAGGAUCCUCAGCCUGUAGUUUCCUGAAGUUGCCAUGUUGGGCACAGGGGGAGAGUUCCUGGGUAUUGGCUGACUUGGGUGGGCUUGGCUGGGAGAAAGGCAGCAACAUGUGUUCUGUCCUUUCCGGGAUGAUCCCUGAAGACUUCAGGGAGGCUCCCCAACUUCUGAGUGGCUUGGCCCACCCAUUGCUGUGGGAGUGGGGAUUGGUUAUUUAAGAGAGGGGGCUUUGCUCUCUGUUAGUGGGCAGGUUUUCUAGGCUCUCUCUUCUGCCUCCUCCCCUCUCUGUGCCCUCUCCUGGCAUGCCCCGGGGGGGAUCAGGGACCCUCACCCUCCUGAGGCCCAGCUGGGGAAGAAUGAACACGGCAGCUUCAAGAUCAGUUGAAGCUGCUGCUUGCCCGGCCUCUUGCACCCCACCCGUGUCUCUGAGCCCAGGUCUGGUGUCACUGUUGCAGGACACUUGCAGCAGGGGACUGUGGAAGCGUGUUGGGCUGGGGUGGGACUUUCCCUCCCACAGUGCACUGAGCAGUGGAGGGUGGUGAGGGGUCAGGGAGCCAUGCUGCUGAAUUCUGGUUGGCACUCCCCCCUUGUACAAGACGGGGAGGCUGGGGGCAGGGCAGCCUCUGCUUGGUUCGGUUCUGAGGUAACCCUGGAAGCACAGUUAUCCCGUUGGAUUGUUUGAGCAAAAAACUACUGUAAAUAACUUUGGUUUUUGUCUUUUGUCAAAUAAAGUUUUUUUGUUUUUUGG